ACUGCCGGAAGUGAUGUGUUCAUUGCCGGAAGUGAGCAGCUACAGUGUUGACAUUGUCUCGGGGAGAUUCCGAAGCUUUUUCCCGGCCCUGGAAAGGAGAGAAACGCUUUUGCACCAUGGCAAUAGCAACAGACGUGUUUGUCUGCCAAAUGGCAGCUGCAGAACCUUGGCCAGAAAAUGCAACACUAUAUCAACCGUUGAAGGGGGAACAGAUUUUGCUGUCAGACAAUGCUUCGUGUCUUGCUGUUCAGGCAUUUCUGCGGAUGUGCAAUCUGCCAGUCCAGGUGGUUUGUAGGGCAAAUGCAGAGUACAUGUCCCCAUCUGGCAAGGCUCCCUUUAUACAUGUGGGUAAUCAUGUUGUAUCAGAACUUGGCCCCAUAGUACAGUUUGCAAAAGCCAAGGGUCACUCACUCAGUGAUGGACUGGAUGAAAUUCAGAAGGCUGAAAUGAAAGCCUAUACUGAACUGGUGAAUAAUAUGUUGUUGACAGCAGAGCUUUACAUACAGUGGUGUGAUGACAGCACAUCGGCAAAGAUAACUCGUUCGAGAUAUGGCUCACCAUACCCCUGGCCUUUAAACCAUAUAUUGGCCUAUCAGAAGCAAUGGGAAGUAAGACGCAAGAUGAAGGCAAUUGGAUGGGCUGGAAAAUCUCUUAAACAGGUGCUCGAAGAUGUGGAUCGAUGCUGUCAGGCUCUCUCUCAAAGGCUGGGAACCCAACCCUAUUUCUUUACUCGACAGCCAACAGAACUGGAUGCACUGGUGUUUGGUCACCUGUUCACAAUCCUUACAACUCAGCUAACCGAUGAUGCACUUGGUGAAAAGGUGAAAAAUUAUGAAAACCUCAUCAAAUUUUGUAGAAGAAUAGAGCAACAUUACUUUGAAGAGCAUGAUCAAGACAGUGCUCUGAGUUCAGCAUCCAGGUGCUCAAGAGGUUCUUCCACAAAGUAAUUAGUGGAAGGACUAAGCAAAAUGAGAAAUUGUCAGAAAUAAUAAAAUAAUUUAACAUGACAACAUGCUACAAAAAAACCGAGUAUUUAACGAGUCGGUUGCCAAGUUCAGUGUGGUUAACACAAUUAUAGUUAGUCUCCUGUAAUAUUGUAUAGAUAACAUUAUACAAAAAUCUGCAGACCCUAACUGUUAGCAAGAUGAGCCCAGUGCUUUGUUUUCUAUUAAAUAUAAAUUUCAUGAACAAUUUGAUGGACAUGUCUAUGAAAUGUCAAUUAAAGAUUAAUCUGAAAACUCUAAA